UGCUCUAAAUUUUCGAACAGAGCUAUGAAUUGUAAGCAUUGUAUGGCUACCCAACACACUUUGCCAGCUCUGACAACUCUGCACAUCCAUAUCAGCUGAUUUCUCGAUCGCUCUCUCCGUUUUCUGUUGUUAUUUAAUUGAUAAACUUGUUGCGGGGGGCCACUCUCCAGAUAACCCCCCACUUUUAAAUUAAUAAAUAUUGCGCAAUGCAACUAACUCAAAUCCUCAGGAUGGCGUGCCAAAACCAAAAUGCCGCCAACUUCUUGAGCAAUGGCAAGAAAAUUGUGGGGGUGGCUCUCAAUUACAUGGACGUUGUGCUGGCCAGGAACGUUCCCGUGCCCAAGGAGCCGCUCGUCUUCCUCAAGCCCACAUCUUCGUACCUCCAGGAGGGUCAGCCCAUUGUGUUACCAAAAGUCUUUACCAAGGUGGCAUAUGAAGUGGAACUAGGCGUGGUGAUUGGAAAGCCCUGCAAGAACGUAUCCAAGGCAGAUGCCAUGAGCUAUGUGGCAGGAUACUGCCUGGCUUUGGAUCUAACUGCCCAGUGCAAUUUGGGACCAGCUCGGGCGGCCGGUCAUCCGUGGACCUUGGGCAAGGGAUUUGAUACUUCUACGCCCGUGUCCCAGUUUAUACCCAUCGAAAAAGUGACGGACCCGCACAACUUGCCGCUUUGGCUCACCGUCAAUGGAGACCUUAAGCAAAACGGGUGCACUGCAGACUUAAUAUUCAAGGUGCCCGACAUCAUUUCCUACGUGUCCAAGUACAUGACCCUGGAGGCCAACGAUCUGAUCCUUACCGGAACGCCCAAUGGUGCCGAUGCGUUCAAGGCAGGCGAUGUAAUUCAGUGUGGAAUGGCCGAUCUCGCUAAAUUGACCUUCCAAGUGGAGGCUGAAUAAAAGUGAAGAAUUUAAUUUUGAUGCUAUAUUCGGAUAUAAUUGGAUAUGUGCAAUGGCUAUUUCUUCUUAUUACUGGCCACAUCAUCACAGGCAACCAAAUAUUUCCACAUCGCUGUGCAAUCGCUGGUGUUUUUCCAUUUGCUGGUCGGGCAGUUGAUGUAGACCUUUUCCAUGACGCAGGCCAGCAAGGUGGCAGGAUAGAAGUCGCAGUCGCCCUUCUUGGGCAUCCAUUGGAACUCCUGCACCCGCUUCCUAGCUAUUUAGAAUUAACCAUUAUUAAGUAGAAAAAAACUUUCGUAUGCUAACUCACCGUAGUCCGUGCAACUAUUGAGGCUCUUCAACAUCAGUUGCGACAUAUUCGGAUCGUUUUUGUAGCGUUGCUGAUAGCUCUUCUGCAAUGCCUGGGUAUUAACAGUGCCAUUGCUCAACAAGAAUCCAUUGGUCCUGAAGGAGCACUCCGCAAUACACUGAGGAUUACACGUUUCCCAAGAGUAAAGCCAGUUUUAAAAUGAUAUAUUUUAGAGCGAUACUUACUGCAUGCAAAGCCACUUUAUCCGACUUAAGAUUGCGCACUUCCCCAUUCGAAUUGGUUGAAUUAUUGCCCAGCAAGGACUUGCGACACGAAUUGAUGGCCUUGUCGUUUUUUUGAACAUCACAGCAUGAGCUCAACUGCCAAAUAUUCAGUUGUAGUAAUAAAAACACGAUUUU